AUGAUGGAAAUUUACAAACAUUUUUUGAAUCUGCGGCUUGUGAAAGAGGUGAAAAAUCAAGGCGCUUCAUCAUAUGCUGCUCUUGCUGAAAUUGAUAGUCACUGGGCUUCUCCUUUCCACUGGGAUGUACGGUUUUUGGCGGAAGAUGCAGCUUCAAUUUUCAGCCCGCAGACGCUGCUCGGUGUGAAGAAGGCGAGCAAAGAUCCGAUCCCCGGUCAUUCCUAUGAAACAUAUCCGGUGGCCGAGCCCGCGCCUGUCAGAAUAGAAGUUUACGGCCGAGCCCUACCGAAGGCUGGCUUCUUCUUUGCUGCCGACUGCAACGCUUCGCGACGAUACGAGGCAGCAACGACAAAGACGAAUAUACUACGAGAUGUGCCCGAUGGUGAUAUAGUGACUGUGAUUUUGAAGGUCGACUUCACCGAUGUCCCCGAUAACACCCUACUCCAACUUUGCCAUAAGACGGACCCCGUGAAGCCGGUUGAACUGGUCCCUGGCUCGAAACCUACAACUCUUCUAAUAAAAAGCGAGGAAGGCGGGACGCCAUGGCAAAUCAUUGUGCUCAUCUGUAUCGUGUUGGUGAUGUUCUCGGGCAUCUUCUCCGGGCUCAAUUUUGCGCUUGUCUGCCUCUCCGUGAAGCAUCUUGAUCUGAUCAGCCGAUACGCUGCAUCAAAUGAUCGGAAAUAUGCACGUUCGUUGAUCCGGCUUCGUAAACACGGCAACCUGAUCAUCUGCACCUUCGCGACGCUCAACGUCAUAGUCAAUACGGUUUUUGCUCUCGAAUCCGAGAAACUAUUCCCGGAACGUCUCGGCCUCUGGGGCGCUGUUCUUGGUCUCCUUCUGCCCACCUCAAUCAUCGUCGUCUUCGGCGAGUUGUUGCCCCAGGCCAUCUGCUAUCGUCGUGGCCUUCUCAUCGCAUCGAAGACGCGCUAUUUCGCAUGGGCCUGUAUUUUUAUACUCUCCCCGAUCUGCUGGCCACUCGCGAAGCUGAUUGACGUGGUCCUCGGGCGCGACAUGGCCAAGUACAACUUCGAAGAGGCCCAGGCGCUUUUGGAUCAGAAUAUGCGGAAUAUGCCGGGCGAAGGGAUCUUGGCGAAGGCAAAGAAGCUACAACGGACAGUCGUCGGCUCGGUGCUGACCACGGUUGACCAGACUUUUCGUCUUUCGGCGGAUGAUGUUCUUGAUGCACAGAUGCUAUCGACGAUCGCCGAAAAGGGAUACACAAGAAUCCCGAUCUUUGAUGCGAAUUGUGCGAUCACGCGUUAUGUGCUGAACACGAGGGUAUUCUUUGGCAAUAGGGCAUCUCAUUUUGUCAAGGACCUGCUGACGAUCACCCCCAGCCCCAAACUCACAAUCAAGACCUACCUGACGAAGCAGAGCCCCGCCAACAAGCAGGAGGUACGCGUUGUUUUGGCGGACGCCCCUGUUAGUGCGGUGCUGCUGGAGAUGCUGCGCAGCCAGAACCACUUCUACGCGGUCGUCCGCUGCGAUGCGGGCCCAUACCAACUACUCGGCUACGUCAGUCUCGAGGAUUUGAUGGAGGAGGUGUUCGGCGAAAUACAGGAUGGCUCGGAUAGUGUGUGGUCGACGAAUCGGCGAGCGAAGGGGCACGAAGAUCAGUCUAUCCUCGAUUGGCUUCGCGAACCGAUUGGCCCCGGCGAGAUUCCGCAGCACGCCAAACUCAAGCUCAUCCAGAUUCUCUUCUCCUGCGCGCCAAUUCUCAAACAAAUGGGCUUCGAUUUCCGCAUGGCCCAUCAAGCCCUCAACUCAUCAGCCCUCUUCCGGGCCAGCGCUGACGUUGUCGUCUCCAAACAGGGCCAGCCAAACCGACGCAUCAUCGUGCUCUACUCGGGCUCGGCCAGCAUCAACGGGAAGCUCGUACAGGCUCCGCACGUGUACGGCGCGGCCGUCAUCGAGAAGUUCCUCUCCGUGAAAAAGGAUUCCAUCUUCUACUGUCUGACCCCAGAAGACUUCCUCAACCAGCUUAUCUCAUCCACGCGUAAAACAUUCGCCAAAGAGUUUCUUAUCGGACUGGCUGGCGAGAAUAAGCAUGGGCCGAUAGUAAGACCACGCGAAACGCUGCCCGAGCCGUUCGAGCUGUUGAAAGACAAAUUGCACCCGACGGAAAGCAAAGGCGGGGCGUGGCGUCGUGCCGACCCAAAGCUGCUUGAGAAAUCCUUCCGACUGAAGGCUCCGCCGGAUGAAACGCAGGAAUGGACGACAGUUGACGAGGAGGACCCAAUAUUGGAACAACUUGAUGCCACCCAAUCAGAAAUGGACAAAACGCCGACGCCCGUUUCAAGCAGCGUCACCAGCGUGCGCUCUAAAAAGAAGCCAGCCAUCACUGCCCUGGCCCCAAUCCUGCGUCACGCCCACGAGCCCGUCGUGCCUGGCGACGAGGAACGCGAAAAGCUGAUCAAGCAUCAAGAAGUCAAGAGCGCCGAUAGAACCCUGAAAAAGAAGAAGGCGGAAGAAACGAAGCACCAAGAAGUGAAAAGCGCCGAUCGGACCCUGAAAAAGAAGAAAGCCGAAGAGACAAAGCACCACGAGGUCAAGGGCGCUGAUCCGACGAAAAAAGAAAAGAAAAAGUUGCCGGAGGACCCGCAGAAAACUCGCGACCCCAGCUCGAAGCAACCGUCGCCGAACAGCACCCUGCAGCUGACUCCAGGUCACCCGCCACGGCAGCGACAUCUGAAUCGGCACGGCCGAAACGCCCGAAAAAAU